GACGUAACUUUCAUAUCGUUAUCUACAGAACGUGCUGUGCCAAUGACAACAAGAGAAGGCAACAAGGCAAAGAAAGCAAAUCCACAUCUAUAAAUAUUGAAGUGAGAGUGAAUUAUUGAUGUAUAUUGUGAGAAAUGGUAGGACCAGUGAGGCCUCAAUUUGUGUUGUUUGGUUCAUCCAUAGUUGAGCUGAGUUAUAGUUGUGAAGGUUGGGGAGCUACCCUUGCCAACUUGUAUGCUCGCAAGGCAGAUGUAAUUUUGAGAGGAUAUUGUGGUUGGAAUACAAGACGUGCUCUGCAGGCUCUCGAUAAAAUAUUUCCCAAGGAUGCCGGUGAUCAACCAUCAUUGGUAAUUGUGUACUUUGGUGGCAAUGAUUCUAUGCAUCCACAUCCAACUGCCCAUAGUCCUCAUGUACCCCUCCAAGAAUACAUUCAAAAUAUGAGGAAUAUUGCUAUCCAUCUAAUGAGCCUUUCAAAGAAGACUCGCUUAAUAUUUCUCAGUUCCCCUCCCAUCAAUGAGGUGCAAAUGCAUGAGAUGCUCAGUGAUCUACUGGGGCCAUUAAAAAGGACAAAUGAAUCAUGUAGAUUAUACUCAGAAGCAUGUUUGGAGUUGUGCCGUGAGAUGAAUGUGAAAGCCAUUGAUCUCUGGUCUGCACUCCAGCAAAGGCAUGACUGGUUAGAUGUUUGCUUCACGGAUGGAAUUCAUUUGUCACAUGAGGGAAACAAAAUAGUGGCAAAAGAGAUAUUGAAGGUCCUCAGAGAAGCAGACUGGGAACCUAGUCUGCACUGGAACUCAAUGCCAACAGAGUUUGCUGAAGAUUUCACUUUAUGAUCCAAAUGGUGCCGAUGAAAGAGUAUUAUAAAUGUCUCUAACGGGAACUUCCAAGGAAAUUCUCAAUUGGAGUAGAAUUAUUCUGCAUUUUCAAGCUACAGAAAAACCCAAAGUUUGAAUCACAAAGUGGAAUGGUUUUAUAAUGUUUAUAGGUGCUUAAA